CAAAACUUGCAUUCAUCACACAAACCAUGAACCAUAAACAUGUCUGAACAAUAUCAUAUAAGUCUUGAGCUCUGGAUUUGAGCUUAAAGAGCAGAAGAGUAGAGAGAAAUGGGAUGUUCUCAUUCGAAGUUAGAUGAUGAAGAAGCAGUUCAGAUCUGUAAAGACAGGAAACGUUUCAUCAAACAAGCUAUAGAACAUAGAACUAAGUUUGCUUCUGGUCACAUUGCUUAUAUUCACUCUCUUAGAAAUGUCUCUGAUGCUCUCCAUGACUUUAUUAUCCAAGGAGACAACAACAAUGAGUUUGUUCCGAUGAGUCAAGACUCAUUCAUCACUCCUGUUAAGAGAAUACCACCGAGCCGCCGCAACCGCAGCAGCCGUAGUAGUAAUAGCGGUGAGUUCAUCUCGAUUUCGCCUUCUUCGAUUCCUCCGAAAAUGAUUCAGAGUAGGCCAAGAUCGAAUGUGAAAGCGAAUUACUUGAUGGCUAAUAGAAGUAGACCGGUUAGAGUAGAACAGAGAUCUCCUGAAACGUUUAGAGUUGAGACAUUUUCACCACCUAGUAACCAAUAUGGUGAAGCAGAUGGUUUCUUUGGAAUGAAUAUGAAUAUGAAUAUGAACACUUCUGCGUCUACUUCAUCUUCGUUUUGGAAUCCGUUGAGUUCUCCUGAGCAAAGGUUAAGUAGUCAUAACAUUCCUCCUCCUUCACCGCAGAAUUCGCAGUGGGAUUUCUUUUGGAAUCCGUUUUCGUCAUUGGAUUAUUAUGGAUAUAAUAGUUAUGAUAGAGGAAGUGUUGAUAAUAGGAGUGGUAUAGAUGAUGAGAUUAGAGGAUUGAGACGUGUUAGAGAGGAAGAAGGGAUUCCGGAUUUGGAAGAAGAUGAUGAACCUAAUGAACCUGAACCUGUGAAUGUGCGGUUUCAGAAUCAUAAUCCGAAUCCGAAAGCAACGGAAGAGAGUAGAGGUAAAGUUGAUAAGAGUUGUUGCAAUGAGGAAGUUAAAGUUGAAGAUGUUGAUGAGGAUGAGGAUGAGGACGAGGAUGAGGAUGAGGAUGGUGAGUUUACGGAUAGCGGGUGUGAAUCUGAGAAUGAGGGAGAUGAGAAAUGUGUUGCUCAAACGCAAGAACAGCGAAAAGCUGAGGUGUCUGGAGGAGAAACUACAGGGAAUGUUGUUGGAGUAGGUAAGGUUCAAGAGAUGAAGAAUGUUGUUGGUGUUAGAGAUGAUGCAAAGACGACAGGUUUCACGGUAUAUGUGAAUCGGAGACCAACUAGCAUGGCUGAAGUAAUCAAAGAUCUUGAAGAUCAGUUCGCAACCAUUUGUGAUGCGGCUAAGGAAGUCUCGGGGCUAUUGGAAGCUAGUAGAGCUCAAUACACAUCAUCCUCCAAUGACCAUAGUGCCAGGAAAAUGCUGAAUCCAGUAGCGUUGUUCCGCUCGGGUUCAUCAAGAUCUUCCUCUUCAAGAUUCUUGAUCACUUCUUCUGGUGGUUCGAGAGAGAGCGGGUCUGAAACCAGAAGCGAUGUUUCAGAUGAAUCUUGCAUGAUUUCUGGUAGCCACCAAACAACAUUGGACAGACUUUUCGCGUGGGAGAAGAAACUCUACGAUGAAGUUAGGUCUGGAGAACGUGUUCGAAGAGCAUAUGAGAAGAAAUGUAUGCAACUGAGGAAUCAGGACGUGAAAGGAGAUGAUCCGCUUGCGGUUGAUAAAACUAGGGCUACGAUCAGAGAUCUAGACACACAGAUCAAGGUGUCAAUACACUCCAUUGAAUCCAUCUCCAAAAGAAUCGAGACUCUUCGUGACCAAGAACUGUUGCCUCAGCUUCUUGAGCUCGUUGAAGGAUUAACAAGGAUGUGGAAAGUUAUGGCGGAAAGUCACCAGAUACAGAAACGAACACUAGACGAAGCCAAACUGUUACUUGCAGGCACACCAGUUUCAAAGCGUCACAAGAAGAGACAACCUUCAAUAAUGCCAGAGGCUAUUAACUCUCAAAGAUUAGCUCAAUCUGCUUUGAAUCUUGAAGCUCAGCUUCGAAACUGGAGAGCCUGUUUUGAAGUCUGGAUCACCUCUCAGAGAUCCUACAUGAAGGCAUUAUCUGGUUGGCUUCUCAGAUGUUUCAGAUGUGAUCCUGACCCCGAGAAAGUUAGAUUAUCCUCAUGUCCUCACCCGAUAUACCGAGUCUGCAUUCAAUGGGCAAGGUUGCUUAACAGCUUGAACGAGAAACCGGUUUUGGACAAACUUGAGUUUUUUGCCUCAGGGAUGGGUUCAAUAUAUGCAAGGCAAGUUAGAGAAGAUCCAAAUUGGAGUGGAAGCGGGUCAAGGAGAUAUUCCGGGUCAGAAAGCAUGGACCUUGUGGUGGCUGAUAAGCUAGAAGAAGAUGUUGUGAUGACUGCUGAGAAACUUGCAGAGGUUGCUGUGAAGGUUCUCUGCCAUGGAAUGUCUGUUGCAGUGAGUUCACUAGCUGAGUUUGCCAUCAACUCGGCCGAUGAACACUCAAAGCUUGUUAACCAACCAGCGGACGAUACGUCGGAGCAGCAGCCCCCGGAUGUAAAUUUCAAUUCCUAGUACUUGUUAUUAAAUUUAUUUGGUUUUUAGAGUUUAGAAUUAGGUAGGUUUUUGGCAUCAUCUUUUGCUAUCAGAAGAUAGUUUCUUAGAUGGAUGAGAUUUGUAUUAUUAGUAAGACAAAUAGAGUUAGUUCAGUUGA